AUGGCUGAUUUACAAGGUCGCAAGGUCUUCAAGGUUUUCAACCAGGACUUUAUCGUGAGCGAGCAAUACAAUGUAACAAAGGAGCUUGGCCAGGGAGCCUAUGGUAUCGUGUGCGCCGCAACCAACGUCCAGACCGGCGAGGGCGUCGCCGUCAAGAAGGUCACCAAUGUCUUCAGCAAGAAGAUCCUGGCCAAGCGGGCUUUGCGAGAGAUCAAGCUGCUCCAGCAUUUCCGUGGCCAUCGCAAUGUAGGCCGCAGAUCAUCCUUAUCGAUGCCUACACCCGCUAACGCAGCCCUCCAGAUCACAUGUCUGUACGAUAUGGAUAUUCCCCGACCGGACAACUUUAACGAAACAUAUCUCUAUGAGGAGUUGAUGGAAUGUGACCUGGCUGCUAUCAUCCGCUCCGGCCAGCCGUUGACCGAUGCCCACUUCCAAUCUUUCAUCUACCAGAUCCUCUGUGGUCUCAAGUACAUCCACUCGGCCAACGUCCUGCAUCGUGAUCUCAAACCCGGUAACCUGCUGGUCAAUGCCGACUGCGAACUCAAGAUUUGUGACUUUGGCCUGGCUCGUGGUUUCUCCAUUGAUCCAGAGGAGAAUGCAGGCUACAUGACCGAGUACGUCGCAACCAGAUGGUACCGUGCGCCCGAGAUCAUGUUGAGCUUCCAGAGUUAUACCAAAGCAAUUGACGUCUGGUCCGUUGGCUGCAUCCUUGCCGAGCUCCUCGGCGGCCGGCCCUUCUUCAAGGGUCGCGACUACGUCGACCAGCUGAACCAGAUCCUGCACUACCUGGGCACACCGAACGAAGAAACCCUGGCACGCAUUGGUUCCCCUCGCGCACAAGAAUACGUGCGCAACUUGCCCUUCAUGCCCAAGGUAGCCUUCAAGCAGCUGUUCCCUCAAGCCAACCCCGAUGCGUUGGACCUGUUGGACCGCAUGCUGGCAUUCGAUCCGUCGUCUCGUAUCUCUGUCGAGGAGGCCCUCGAGCACCCCUACUUGCACAUUUGGCACGACGCCUCCGACGAGCCAAACUGCCCCACGACCUUCGAUUUCCACUUCGAGGUUGUUGACGAAGUCCCCGACAUGCGUAAGAUGAUCCUCGACGAGGUCAUCCGCUUCCGUGCGACCGUCCGCCAGCAAUCGCAGGCCCACGCCGCCCAGCAGCAGCAGAUCGCUCAGCAGACUAACAUCCCCAUUCCGGAUAACCAACAGGGUCCUUGGAAGACCGAGGAUCCUAGACCUCAGGAGGCUACCGCUGGCGGUGGCUACAACCCUAAUGACUUGGAAUCCUCGCUGCAGCGCGGCAUGGACGUGCAUCACAGUUGA